AUGGUGUUCGAGCAGGAGCAGGAGGAGGUGGCGCCGGGCGCGGUGCACGGGCACCGCCUCUCCACAGUGGUGCCGAGCUCGGUGACGGGGGAGGUGGACUACGCGCUGGCGGACGCGGACCUGGCCUUCAAGCUGCACUACCUGCGCGGGGUGUACUACUACCCGCCCGGGGACGUGGCGCGCGGCCUCGCCACCAAGGUGCUCAAGGACCCCAUGUUCCCCUGGCUCGACGACUACUUCCCCGUCGCCGGCCGCGUCCGCCGCGCCGAGCAGGAGGCCGCUGGUGGGGAGGGGGACGCCGGGGCGCCGCGCCGGCCCUACAUCAAGUGCAACGACUGCGGCGUGCGCAUCGUGGAGGCCAAGUGCGACCGCGACAUGGACGAGUGGCUCCGCGACGACGCGCCCGACAGGCUCAGGCAGCUCUGCUACGACAAGGUGCUCGGCCCCGAGCUCUUCUUCUCGCCGCUGCUCUACGUCCAGAUCACAAUCUUCAAAUGCGGCGGGCUGGCGCUGGGGUUCAGCUGGGCGCACCUCAUCGGCGACGUGCCGUCGGCCGUCACCUGCUUCAACAAGUGGGCGCAGAUCCUGAGCGGCAAGAAGCCGGAAGACACCGUCCUCACCCCGCUGAACAAGCCGGUGCAGGGGCAGUCCCCCGAGGGCGUGACGGCGCCGCGCUCCGUCAAGCAGGUCGGACCCAUCGAGGACCACUGGCUGGUCUCCGCGGGCCGCGACAUGGCGUGCUACUCCUUCCACGUCAGCGACGAAGUUCUCAAGAAGCUCCAGCAGCAGCAGAAGGGUCGCCACGACGCGGCCGCUGGCACCUUCGAGCUCGUCUCCGCGCUGGCGUGGCAGACGGUGGCGAAGAUCAGGGGCGGCGACGUGGACACCGUGACCGUGGUCAGGACCGGCGCGGCCGCGCGGAGCGGCAAGUCCCUGGCCAACGAGAUGACGGUCGGGUACGUGGCAUCGGCGGGGUCGUCGCCGGCGAAGACGGACGUCGCGGAGCUGGCGGCGCUGCUGGCCAAGAACGUGGUCGACGAGACCGCCGCGGUGGCGGCGUUCCAGGGGGACGUCCUCGUGUACGGCGGCGCCAACCUGACGCUCGUGGACAUGGAGCAGGUGGACGUGUACGCGCUGGAGAUCAAGGGGCUGCGCCCGGUCCACGUGGAGUACGGCAUGGACGGCGUCGGCGAGGAAGGCGCCGUGCUGGUGCAGCCCGACGCCGACGGCCGCGGCCGCCUCGUCACGGUGGUGCUGCCCAGGGACGAGAUCGACAGCCUCCGCGCCGCGCUCGGUACCGCGCUGCAGGUCGCCUGA